AUUUCUUUUUUACGUGUAACAAUUUCCAAUCAAGUUUCUCUUUUACGAAAAAAAAAAAGGGAUAAGAUCGUUAAAUAUCCUGGUUGAUUUACGGGUAUAUAAAUUUGGGCAUUUACAUUUACUUUCAAUAGACACUGUUCAGGAAGAAAUGGCCAUCAACUGAGCGAUGUGUCUGUCAGGAUAAAUUAAUAAAAAAACUCAGAAUGCCGCAGGUUCAUAACAGGUCCUUAACUCUCAGUAUGGACUCCAGCGCCUUCAACAAAAACUCCAGACUUAUGUCAACAAUUCGGAUCACAGAAGGCGCUAAAAGGAAGAUCCGGGCAUUCAACACCGUUGAAAACCGUCUGAAAAAAUUCAAAAUCAACUUUUACAACCGCCACGCAGAUAUUCAAAGGAAUCAAAUAGAAAGGAAAAAGCAAACUGUUUUAGACAGUAUGAAAAAGAGAGAUGCUUACAAAAUGGUUCUUGCAAAUCACCCGAUUUCCAGCAGUCCUGAUUAUCAGAAAGCAUUGAACGACAGGUACACAGCGCAUGCAUUGAGAUAUGAAAUAAAGCGGAUGCUAAACUACAUCGAGCCCGACAAAAUAAGAGAGAGGAAUGCAAAAACUCUCGUGGACGUGAACAAAAAGAGAUAUGACGAGAUCUUAAAUCGUAAUCGGAAAUCUAUUAUGGAACUAUUUCCUCCUGCAGUGGAGAAGAAAGCUGUGGAUUACGAAUCAGACUUUGAAAGCGAUUCCGAAGAUGAAGAACCACCAGAGGUGGAGCAGAGGAAAUUCCAACAAGCGCGCCCCAUGUUACCGUUCCGUCGUCAAGGUGUGACACGUGCUUUUAUCAUGCAAAAGAGUGGACGCGAUCAGAGACAGGAGGCGUCCACGGACACUCCACUAAACACGGACAAGGAACAGAACCUCCCGCCAGUGACCAUCAAGAAAGAAUUGCCACCGGACUUACGAAUCCCUGUUGCUUCGUAGUAAUUUUGUUGGAGUUUAUCACAUGCCAGUAUUAUAUAUUUAUUGUAAACCUUCAGUGGUAUUUGUCAAAGAGUUACCUCUUGGCUUUUGUUGUUGUUGUGUGCUUUUUAUGUAGUAAGUAAAACAAAACAUGUACAUGUUUAAUUGAAAAAUGAUAUUUAUCAAUGAAUUGAAGAAAAAAGGUUCAUCAUUACAUUACGUCUCUUCCCCUAGGUUAACGAUUGGGGAAGUCUUACUUCAGAUUCUUUGUCCGUCCGUCAGUCUCUCUGUUUUUCAUUCUGGUAUUGGAUUUAUUCAUGCCUGAUAGAUUAAAAAUUCCAGACUUUACUCGGUUAUUUAAAGUGAGUUGAUGACAACCAAUGACAAAAUAUUUUCAAAGCACUCAUCGUGAUGUCAGUAUUAUUGUUUAGUGUGACAUUGUGAUCUCAUCAUCAUUAAUUAAUGUGACAUUUUGAUGGCAUCAUUAUUGUUUAAUGUGACAUUGUGAUGUCAUCAUUAUUAUUUAGUGUGGCAUUGUGAUGUCAUAAUUAUUUAAUGUGACAUUGUGAUGUCAUCAAUAUUGUUUAGUGUGACAUUGUGAUGUCAUCAUUAUUGUUUAGUGUGACAUUCUGAUGUCAUCAUUAUUAUUUGGUUUUGAUGGCAUCAUUAUUGUUUAGUGUGACAUUGUGAUGUCAUCAUUAUUAUUUAGUGUGGCAUUGUGAUGUCUUAAUUGUUUAGUGUGACAUUGUGAUGUCAUAAUUAUUGUUUAAUGUGAUAUUGUGAUGUCAUCAUUAUUAUUUAGUGUGACAUUGUGAUGUCAUCAUUAUUGGUUAGUGUGACAUUCUGAUGUCAUCAUUAUCGUUUGGUUUUGAUGACAUCAUUAUUGUUUAGUGUGACAUUGUGAUGGCAUUGUAUAAUGAACCAAAAGCGUCCAUAACCAUACAAUGUAGAUAGAUACAUUUCAUUAAUGUAAUUUGUACAAAAUAUGAAAUCAAAUUAAAUAUGUCUUGUGAAUUUAAUGUUUCAUGGUUUGAUAUUGCAUUGUUUUUGAGACAUUUGAAUAAAUAUAAUCUUAUA